AUGGAGCAGCGGGGAGAGAAAAGCCAUAAGGACUCUCGGAGGAAGGGGGCUUCUCGCCGUUGCCCUAGGACUUCUGUGGAGGGCCCAGCGCUGGCCGUGCUGCGCUGGGGCCUGCGGGUGCCGGUGCCCGCGGUGGCUGCAGGGUCGCUGCGGGAGCGCUGGGUGCUGGCACCGAGCCCCGGCGGGGGCGAUGGGCAGGGCAGGGCUGCGGGCUCCCACAGCAACGAGUGCAACGAGCCCGGGGCCCAGCAGCAGGAGCUCCCCGGCAGCCCCUGCCCGGAGUACGGGGCCGGCAGCACCGGGGCAGCCCCGGUGGUUCGGCCCGGCCCCGCUGGAGGCUCCGUGGCAGCCCCGGGGCAGCCCUCCCGGCCCUGUCCACUGCGCAGCCGCUGCCCUCGCUGCAGCCCCGCUCAGCGCUUGCUCAGGGAGCAGAGCCCGGGCCCGCACCCGGCCUUCUCCUGCCUUCGCAGCUCCGCUCCACGGCCCCUGGAUCGCACCACGCCCUGCCUGCAGCAGAGCCUGGACAGUCCCCACGAGCUGCCCACCGGGAAACACCACGUCUGGCAGCAACCUGGUAGAGACACCCAAGAGCACAUGCAAGUGGAUAUGGAUAGUGAAGAGAGUAUGGAAGUAGAUGUAGAAGAUACUGCAGAGGAGAUGGAAGUUGAUGAGCUGAGCUCCCAGUGGGUUGGUGGCACCUGUGGAAAGCGUGGGACAGUGCUGAUGGAGUCUUGUGAUGUUGGAGACCAGCAACAAGUGGAGGAGGGAAUGGAAGCAGCACUUGGCACCUCCAGCCUUGGUGUUCCUUGCAUUGCAGCUGCCAUGGCCUCUGCUGUGCCCCACGAGGAAGAGGCUGCCCAGAGCUCCCUGGAGGAGGAGGAGCCGGAGGUUGUGAAGGAGGUGGCCAAUCUGAGCCUGGUGAGCUCUACCUGUGAGGUGGUUUCUGCAGCUUGUGCCUCCAGCAAGGAGAGCCAGCCCUGCCUGAGCUCUGUGUGUGAUGCUGCAGAGAAGGGAGUGCAGAGUGUGACCCAGGCCAUGGCCAGCUGUGUGCAGCGCGUGCUGGCCACCCUGGAGCCCCACGUGGCUGCAGGGAGUGAAUAUACUGCCAAGGGUUUGGAUAAACUGGGGGAGAAGCUGCCACUCCCUCCAAAGCCAGUGGAACAGAUUCUGUUUGACACAAAGGAGCUGCUGUCAUCCAGCGUGGCUGAGGCGAAGGAGGCUGUGAGCAGCAGAGUGCUGGAGGUGCUGGAUGUCACCAGGGACACCCUGCAGGGCAGCAACGGGACAGCCACACCUGCAGUGACCAGUCUGGAGCCUGCAGUGCCACAGAUGGGUGUUCUUGGAGCAGAGGCUGCACUGGGGACAGCAGAAGGUGACUCUCUCCCCAUUGGAAAUGAGGAGCUAGCCCAGCUGGCAGCGUGUGAGGAGGGCACGGCAGCUCUGCCCCUGGAGCAGCAGCAGCACAGGCGGUACUUUGUGCACCUGGACUCUCUCCCUGAGGAUCUGCCCCUCUUGGCACAGCUGCACUCCCCAGCCAGGAUUCAGCAGCUCUGUCAGGACAUGCAGGGGACCCUGAUACAGCUCCAGUGCAUCCUCAAGCUGGUUGAGGCAUUCCAACAAUUUAAGCAAAAGCUUCAGGAGGAGCAGGCGAAACUCCACCAGAUGUGGCUGGACUGGAUUAGGAAGUAUCUCAAAGAAAGUGGAGAUGAUAGCCCUGCAGAGCCUGAGGAGAUGGAGCAUGGAGCACUGCUGAUGGCCUGCAGGAUCAGCCAGCAGCUGCAGCUCUACUGCUCUGAGCUGGUGGCUGCUGUGCAGGGCCUGCCCUGCAGCCUGCCGGACGAGCUGCAGCAGGCUCUGCAUGCCAUCAGGAAGCUGCCUGUUGCUUUAUCAGGGGCAGACUCCUUCCAGGACUGCAGCAGUGUCCUGAGCCAGAGGGAGCUGGCUAUGAUCCAGGAGUACAUGGAGGAGCUGCUGGAUUGCCUGAAGAGCAACACUCCUCUGUCCUGGCUGGUGCGACCCUCCUCCCCCAGGGAGGAGGAGGAGGAUCAUCAGGAUCAAUCCUCCCAGGAGGAGGCAGGGGCAUCAGGAGCUGGGCACCUGGAAACCUCCAGCAACCCCAUGUAA